ACACGAAACAUCACAAAUUCAGAAAUAGGAGGUUAUUUAGUUGAUUCCUAAGCUGUAGAGAGAUGCAGAAAUUGGGUGAUUUCAAGCUACCCCACUUCUUCAAUUACCCACCUUACUUCACGUUGCAGCUAGUGAAGGAUACUCGCGAGAAGCAGGUUCAACUCUGGAAGGAACUGAUACUGGAUUACUGCAGAACCCAAAAGUUAUUUGUGAUUGGACUCAAUGAAGAUUUCCCACUUUUCUCUAAUCCUGCAAUUGAAAGAUCUCUGAGUCAUGAAGCUAAAGAGGUAUUCCUCUCCUCCUUGGUCUCAGAUGGUCGUGCAGAGUGGAUGGAUAAAGGGCAUAAGAAAUGUCUGAUUCUCUGGCUUCGUAUUCAAGAUUGGGCUGAUUGUAUUUUGAGGUUUGUGAAGGAUAAUGGGUUGGAAGAUGGUGUUAUGACAGUUGAGGAAAUACGGUCAGGGAUUGAGUCGCGAGGAACUGAGCUCCAUGGGAUGGACCGCACGGUGCUGAUGCGGGCUUUGAGAUUGCUAGAGCAGAAGGGUAAAGUUGCAAUGUUCAAGGGUUCUUCUGCGGAUGAUGAAGGUGUUAAGUUCUCGGCAUAGUUUAUUUGUUUGUGUUCUUGAAACUUCUUGUAUUGUGUUGAUAUCUGCUUUAAUUAAGUUAUAAUAGUGAGUUCCUUUUUCAGCUUGAA